UCUUUGAUCAAUAUACCCAUAAAGAAAAUGAAGCUAUCAGCUUUUUCUCUCUUUUCGAUUCUUUUAAUCUCAGUUUCUUCAGCAGAUGAAGCUCCUAAUGUUGAGAGUUUUACCCAAUGCCUUAACGAGAAUUCUAAAGAAAAUCCAAUCUCCGAUGCCAUUAUAGGCCCCGAUAAUCCUUCCUUCAAAUAUACUUUCGAAAACUACAUAAAGAAUCUCAUAUUCGUAUCUGCCCCAAAACCUAUAAUCAUUGUUACACCAAAACAUGAAUCUCACGUUCAAGCAACUGUUAUUUGUUGUAAAAAAUUAGGGUUACAGAUUAGAAUCCGAAGUGGAGGCCAUGAUUACGAUGGACUUUCGUAUACAUCAAAAGUUCCUUUUGUUCUUCUUGAUAUGUUCAAUCUUCGUAGUAUCAAUGUUGAUAUACCAAGCAACACUGCUUCAGCUCAAGCAGGUGCAACUCUUGGCGAACUUUAUUAUGCUAUUGCAAAUAAAAGUAAUGUUCAUGCAUUCCCUGCUGGAGUUUGCCUUACAUUAGGCCUCGGAGGACAUUUUUCAGGCGGUGGCUAUGGUAAUAUGAUGAGAAAAUAUGGUCUUUCUAUUGAUAAUAUUCUCGAUGCACAAAUAGUUAAUGCAAAAGGUGAAAUUCUUGAUAGAAAGUCGAUGGGGGAAGAUUUAUUUUGGGCUAUCCGAGGCGGAGGCGGAGCGAAUUUCGGAGUAAUACUUUCUUGGAAAAUUGCACUUGUUUGGGUACCGGAAAAAGUUACCUGUUUCCAAGUGGACAGAUUUAAAGAAGGGGGUGCUAUUGACAUGCUUGUUAAAUGGCAAGAAGUUGCAACUGAUAAACUAGAUCGAGAUUUGUUUCUCCGAGCAAUGUUAAUGCCUGGGACUGGAGAGGAUCAGAAAAAAUUUGUUAAGGCAGUGUUUGUAGGUAUGUUUUUAGGCGAUAAGGCAAGAUUGCUUACUUUAUUGAGUGGUAGUUUUCCGGAAUUAGGUUUAAAAGAAGAGGAUUGUAAUGAAAUGAGAUGGGUCGAGUCGACAAUGAUUUGGGUUGGAAUGAAACCAGGUCUUCCUGUUGAAACAUUACUUAACAGGACAAACAAAGCAUCUGUUAGUUAUAUGGCCCGAAAAUCGGAUUUUGUUCAGGAACCAAUUUCUAAAGAGGAUUAUGAAAACAUCUGGAACAUUAUGAUUGAAAAUGGAGCAGUAGGAAUGGCCUUCAAUCCUUACGGAGGAAGAAUGAGUGAAAUUCCGGAAACCGAUACUCCAUUUCCACAUAGAAAGGGGAAUUUAUACAAAAUCCAAUAUUCUUGUAACUGGAAGGAAAAAGAUGCAGCAACUGCAAGAAAAUAUAUAAACUUGACAAGAUCGCUUUAUAAAGCUAUGACUCCUUAUGUAUCGAAAAAUCCAAGAGAGUCAUUUCUAAAUUAUCGCGACUUCGAUCUUGGAAGCAUUGGUAGCAAUGGGAAUGGUUCAUUUAAAGCAGCAGAUACUUAUGGACAUAGUUAUUUCAAGGAGAAUUUUGAAAGGUUGAUAUCUAUUAAAGCAGCAGUUGAUCCUGAGAACUUUUUUAGGUUUGAACAAAGUAUUCCUGUAUGCAAAGAAGCUUCAGGAAAGAAUGUGUGCAAAUCAGUAUAAACAAGUGGUCUUUUGUUAUAAUUUCCGAUUCUUGAUGAUUUGAUUUGAAAAUCGAAGAAAUAAAGUCAUUUGCUUUAACUGUUUAA